GCGCGCAACGGUGCCGACCGAGCGGCCCUCACCCGGAAGAAGCCCGGGCGAACUGGCAGGACCACUUUUGCCUUUUUCGGCCGCUGGCCCCCCACCUCCCGAUCGUCGUCGCCCGCAAGGCCAAGGCCAGAUCGGGGCAAGCCCGCUGUUCGGCCGCCCGCCGUCAGCACGACCGGCCGCGGCUCGGAUGCGAUGGUCCAGCAGGCGCAGGAGCCCGCACUCAGCGCCUAUCAGCCGCGCCAUCGAGCCUCGGUGAAAUAUCAUCGCGAUCCGGGCCGCCCUUAUCUGAAGGUCAACCAACCGGCGGCCCCUGCCUCCGCCACGCGGCGCAAGUCGAGCGCCCAGAGGCGAUAGGUUCUUUGCGGCUCCACACGCCGCUGCCACUACCACCAUGGCCCGAACCCGGCUGCUGCCCUGGCUGCUGGCGGCGCUCGCCUGUCUCGCCGAUUCAGUAAUCUCGCCCCCAGCUCCAGCUCCGAGCCGACAGUUCGAGCUGGGGACCACGUACAAGUACAGCUUGCAAAGCGACGUCUUCCUGAACGAAGCAACGCCCCGGCCAGCGGGCGAGACAAGCAAGAGCGUUGGCUACGGUCUCAGGGCGGCCGCUGCAGUCACCUGCCUUUGGAAGAGUCCCCAAGAUCCACUUAACAGGCUAUUUCGGGUGGAGUUGUCGCAGGUGCACCUGACUGUUGUGCCAGCGGACACGCCGGAGGGCGGUCGCAGCCAGCACGCGUCGCAAUGGGACGCGGCAUCGCCGCUGCCUCUCUAUGUGCUUCAGCAGAACAGCGAAAUCGUCAAGGUCUGGUCGCACGCCGAGUCGCUCACCAGCGUCAACAUCAAGAAGGCCGUGGCGAGCAUGCUACAGUACCAGCUCACGCCCGAGGACAAAUACCAGGUCGACGUCUCCGGUCGGUGCUCGGUGUCCUUCAAGACGGAGCGCAACGUCAUUACGAAGCACAAAUCUUCAUGUACGCACCCUGACAAAACGCAGUUCAUCAACCCUAAUCCCAUACAGUCGCCUACGGUACUAACGGAGUCGACGUCAUUGUACGAGCUGCUGCCCGACAUGACAGCUCCGAAGAGCGUGAAAAUUAGUGAACGAACUCAAAUGUAUGUGAACAUCUUGAAGGAAGCCAGCAUCUUAGUCAAAGCAGAGCAUACCUACAAGCUUGAAACCACGUCACCGUCCGGUCAAACAUUCACUGCAGCUACCGAAGCGGAAGUCAUCCAGAAGCUGGCCGCCGGUCAAAAAGUCACUGAGGAUACCGUAGUCGCAAGGCCGGAGCUGAAGAAGUGCACCAAAAACUGCAAGUCUCUGGCCGACAACAUCAAGUUGUUCGAGUCGAAUCUCCGCGCGAAAAGCCUGGCCACCCUCAAGUCCGCCGUGUCGUUCCUCAGGCUGCUGGACAGCUUCCGGGAGGCUUCCGAGAAGGAAGUGCAUGCCGUCCUCAAGAGCAGCAAAAACAAGCACAUCACGCCUCAGCUUCUGGACCUGGCAGCAGCAGCGCAAACGAUGGCCUCCGUCAAGGCGGCGCUUAGAUUUCUCAAUUUCAACUCCGAGAGUGACCUUGCCGAGCGCUUUCUUGUUGGCCUUUUGGCCACAUCUCACCCAAGUUCCGGCAUCGUUACUGAAAUCCUGGGCGUCGCUCAGAAGGACAUGCGUAACGUGAAGAACAAAGCGGCCGCCGUGGCCACUCUCGGAGCCCUGGUCAACGUGUACUGCAAGGGGCCCCGGGACUGCUCAAAGAGCGAGGCUGUGGGCGCGGCACUGAAGUUCCUCGAGGGCCAGCUGCGCCAGUGCAAGGACGAGCUCUGCUGGCAGAUGUACCUGCGUGGGCUGCAGAACGCGGCGCAGCCGUCCACUCUGUCCACUCUUCUUUACGCCAUCCGCAAUGGAGGCAAGAAAUCCGUCCUUACCGCCCUGCGCGCACUCAAGAAGAUUGGCAGCGAGCACUUCAAUGACCAGGUGCUCGACGCAUUGGAGAAAGUGUACGGGCAGGUUGACCGGCGUCACGACACCACGGCCCGUGCGCUAGCCGCCGAGCUCAUCUUCUCCAGCUCCAGCCUGCGGCAUAUCGAGCGCACGCUGGAGCUUCUUCCCAGGGUCGAGGCUCCAGAACUGGCCACCUUUAUUGCCAGCAAGCUGUUCGAACUGGUCGAUCGCACGGACCGAGUCAGGUCGUUUGCCGGCAAGGUUCUCAGUAAUAGUACCUUCGGAAAUUAUUACAACCUGGCUCAUUCUGGUUCGUCUGCCACAUUCACCAAAUACCUGAGCAAGGGUGAAGACCUGAACUCCACCUAUGCAGUCAACAUGGAGCUCAUACCUGGUGGACUGCUCAAGGAGAGCUCCUUGGACUUUAACCUCGAAACUGAAGACGAAACCCUCAACCUAAUCUCUGUGGGCCUGUUCGCGGGCGGCCUGGACAGUGUUGCUGGCGGAGGCGACGAGUCCGGCGGUUCGGAGGAGGAAGAGGCCAUGGCUGGCAUGCGACUCAGCCUGCUCGGUUACGAGCUGCGGCCGUACGUCUUCUUCGUGGGCACCUCUGAGCUCAUGAGCCACGUUUGGUCCGGAACUGGCAGCGAGCCCACGCCGGCGCUACAGGGCAACCUCAUGAUGAUGGACCAUCACCAGUAUGUGGCCCUGCUCAACGGCCUUGUCUUGGAACUGAAACUCCAGGGGGUCAUUUCCCUGGACAUGACUGGUUCCAUACAAAUAUCCCUGUGGAACAGGAACUCGCACUCGGUGGUUAAGACCAGCGGUGCGGCCGUCAUCCAGGCGUCGGCAUCGCUCAACAGCGACGCAGCCUCCAGCCACGUCCAGCUGAACGUGGCCGGAGACACGCACCUCGAGUUCGUCACCGACCUCGACUUCUACGAGAAGCCGUACAAGAUGUGCAUCCAGAUGACACAGCCAGGCGUCGUCCUUAGGCACAACACUCGGAAAUACGAGAGCGUGACGGGUCGCAAGCAUCUUGUGCGCAGGCUCAAGAGGAGAUCUCAGAAUAUCAGCGGGAAGUCUUAUGCAUUUCACAAUAAGAACAGCGAGUAUUGCUCUGUAAUGCUCGCCGAUGUAUGAAGGUCGCGUAGGCACUACAUGCUUAUUAAAUUGUCAUCUAAAAAAAUUAAUAAAAGUUGUUUUCACACGUGUA